AGAACCACCUAAACAUUUCGCUGCUUCUUCGCUUCUUCACUUCUUCCCCAUUGCCGUUCGAGACCAGUUUCUGAUCUCCGGUCUGAACCUCCGAGAACUCGAAUAAUCAAGAAAAAUGACAGAGGCGGUGAUAAGGAAGAAGCCAGGGAUGGCUAGCGUCAAGGAUAUGCCGAUCCUACAAGACGGGCCUCCUCCUGGUGGGUUUCCUCCAGUCCGAUACGCCCGUCGGAUACCUAACAAGGGUCCGAGUGCAAUGGCUAUUUUUCUUGCUGCUUUUGGCGCCUUCUCUUAUGGCAUGUACCAAGUCGGCCAGGGUAACAAGAUCCGAAGGGCACUCAAGGAGGAGAAGUAUGCUGCACGCAGAGCAAUAUUGCCUGUGCUUCAGGCUGAGGAAGAUGAAAGAUUCGUCAAAGAGUGGAAGAAGUAUCUUGAAUAUGAGGCUGAAGUAAUGAAAGAUGUUCCUGGUUGGAAAGUUGGUGAAAGUGUUUAUAAUUCUGGGAAAUGGAUGCCCCCAGCAACUGGUGAGCUUCGACCUGAUGUCUGGUGACAUUGCUUUGGCAUCUCUAUUUUUGUGUUGCAUCUUUAUGGUCAUUAUUUUCCUAUUCUGUUCAUGUAAGUUUAAUGGUACUACUCUAUCUUGUUCCAUUCUAGAGAAAUAAAUGCCAGAAACCAAUUUACAUGUGUUGGAAAUACAUCUUAUUGCAGAACCUGUAUUUCCUCCUCAAGACAUCAUUGUCUCUUUCAAUUUCCACAAAAUACAUAAGAAAGAUGAUAUUGCAUC